AGGAUUUGCUUGUUUUUUCUUUUCUCUUUUCUCUCAUUUGCCUACAACAGCAUACGCCGUUGUACUUUAUUGCAUUUUAUUUAUUUUGAAGUAUUUCUUUACAUGGAAGGUUUUCACAUAAGGGAAUAUUUUUCCUUUUCCUAACUGGAGGAAAUCCGAAUGGAUGAGCCAACAACGACCACCACAUCAACAACAAGCGCCCUUGCAAUGGCUUGUUGAUCACACAACCCAACAUAAUAGAACGAAAUCAAUGCAAAAGUUGCGUGCAGAAUGCAGUAGAUUACGAAUGGAAAUUUUAAGCAAGCGUGAACGGGAAGCCUAGCCCGGCACAUUCCUUGACUGAAUCAGACUGCAGCAAUCUUGCUAAACACCCUUGAGAAAGGGGCUCAGCUCGUUAAUUCCGGCCCCCCGACGCGCAAAUCAAUCAUCCGCGCGAUGGGAGAGUGCCGACUUCGGGCGAUGCGCCCUAAGUGCGGGUAUGGUCAGGUACGCAUCCGUCCCGUCCCGUCCCGUCCACCGUUGUGGGAGGAGAUAGAAAAAGAAGGCAAAAGAAUAAUCUUCUUACAGCGAGCCGUAUCCGGUAAGUUUGCCGGGUCGUUCGGUUGGUCGACAGUCGCACUCGGGAGUAGCAGCGUCGAUCGAGAGGGCCUGCAGGCUUUGGAGCAAUCGUUUGUGCGCGUCUCUGUUAUGUCAGCGUGGCAGGCUGCCCGGCUGCCAAUGUUUUUUUCCUUCUCUUUUUGUCAAUAAAAACAUUUCCCUGGUUUCGCAAAGGAAUUUUCUCUGACCCCACCCCACCCCUGGCUCCAAGUGACUUGCUGAAGCCGCCGCUGCCCAGCGUUGCCUUCUCCUUUGGCUCGUUCCGAACAUCGCCACCCACCCGGCCCAAAGGUGCACUUUUCGGCUUGCAAAGCCUGUCUGCUCUUUUGUCGCUCCUUUAGGCGUAUAAAUACUGACUGCACAGCUGCACCUGAAGCGGAGGUAAGAGUGUUCUUUGAGGGAGCAUCAAGGGAAGUGAGGAGAUAGGUGGGGGAGUGAGAGACAAAGGAGCCAACUGAGGCUUCUUACAUGCACUGGAACAUUCUAUAGUAGCCUUAUCCACAAGACUCCUAUCUUGUGAGAGGGCUUUCGUCCGCAUUGCCACAUUAUAAUCCCUUACUGGCAUGCAUCAGCAUUGAAGCCCAUACCAUGAAUCAAAGCGGGGGGCAGGUGUUGCGUGCCAUGUGAAUCACAUUAUAGCCCUGCUUCGGAAUCUUGGUUGCUUUCUGGUAGGUCCUUGCUUUUGAAGCUUGGGGAACCGAAGGAAGGAAGCGGAAGAGGGAGAGAGAAGGAGAGAAAGAGAGAGAGAGUGGAGGGGAGAGGUGGCUUUUGGGUGGCUCGAAUUUUGAGUAUGAAUUUGAAGAUGUACUUGGUAGAAAAAAGUCUUUUGCUGUUGGGUUAUUGCGCAUGAUUUCGCGUGACACUGAGAUUGCGGCAGCGGCGAGGAAUAGGUAACAUCAGCUGUCUACGAGUGUUUUUAUUUUUAUUUUUAUUGCCUGUUGCUAUGGCGGAGGGGAGAUGGGAGGGUGAGUUGCAAGCAUGUUGCAGUGGCUCCAGCGGCCACAGCCGCGUGACGGCGUCCCUGUGUUACUCGCCAUCCACUGGCACUCUUCUGUCGCCCUCAAGAAACGUGGUAUUUUACGUGGGCGACCGGGUUGAAGGUACAGAUAAUUCCGAAAUUGAGCGGCUGUCUCAACCGAGGAACAUUGCGUCGAUCUUGGUCUCCAAGCUUGGCCCUUCCAUCAACGCCUGGAUCAUCGAACCUUCCCACUAUAAUAGCGCGUUUGCUUGCUACAAUAACCUCUUGCCGUCCCUCACAUCAAAAGGGGAGCCAAAGGGCUAUGAUCCGAAGGGGUUGCCGGCAGCCCGUGCGACGUUGACCCUCCUUCAGAACUGCCUCGCUCAGGUGACCACGAGACUGACCAUGGAAAGCCUCCCGAGCCAGCGAGAGCGAGUGGCAAUCGGUAAACAACCCGAGAGCAACUUGACCAAUGCACACUUUCUGUGCGGCCAUGGGUUUGCCGCCCCACCCCUAGAUAACCCGUCUUCGAGACCGAAGAAAUGUCCUCAAACGUUAGUGUUUGGCUUUAGCAAGGGCGGGGUGGUUCUCAAUCAGCUGCUGGCGGAGCUGACGCAUUAUGAAGAUCUAGUGGAUGAGGGGAAGGUGUUCAAUAAGAAGAACUGGUUAAAUCGCGGUGUAGCAAAGGGGGGAUCCUCUGGAAAGUGUUCCAAGAUUGAGGCCUCUCUGAGACCUACUGACGCUCUGGACGAGAAGACGAAGGACGUUCGCAGUGGGUCACCCCUCUUACCUGCUACAGUUGAGGAGUUUCUUCGCGGUAUUGCUGAGGUUCACUAUGUGGACGUCGGCUUGAACUGUCCAGGUGCAUACCAAACUGAUGCUCAUGUGCUGGACGGCCUUGCAAGAGCAUCCCGAGCACGAGAAGGAGGCCUUCUGGUGGCUUUUCAUGGCACGCCCAGGCAGUGGUGUGACGGAGGCCGGCGCUGGGUUGCAAUGGAGAAGAACACAUGCAGGGAGAUUAUUCAAAAUGCAGCGUCCCGGCACGGAGAGGCUUCCAAACUGCGCGUUGCGGAGAAGAUGUACUUUUCCACCCGCAAGGCUAGCUUGCAGAUGCACUUUGAGAUUAUCGAGGCGCUUGCCGUGAGCUCGUCUUGAGCUCACUGUGCGAUGACAUAAGCCUUAGUUGCACGUAUGUAUAUUACAAAAUUCUUUCUAACGAUCGAUACAUUAUUUAUGUAAGAUUUUAUGUAUCCGAGCGCGUCAGGUCGAUGUUGUUAGUGGUUAAUAUUCCUGAAACAGUGUCAAUGCACAGAAUGUCACUGGAUCCUUGAUCGUGUCAUGGUCUGCGGUUGUGGCAGAAUUCUGCUAAAGUCAGACCCAAUAUAGUUAGAUUUCUUUAAGAUCCCGUCUCGCGAUGGGAAUGGGAACCAUAAGAGAAACAACCAAUCUUAGUGGAUAUCUCUCAAAAGUGAUAUCUUAGCAAACUGUGCCCAGUGACAGGAUAUAAGCUUCCGAUGUGAUUACGCUUGAAGUAAUACAAUAAGACGCAUAUAUGACAA